AUGGAUCAAACCUCCUCAGUGAACGCAGAGGCACGUCGACAACGUCGCAUCGUGGCUGGUCGUAGUGGUGGAGUCUUCGAGCUCGUCCGGGAUGGUGAAGGUUUGGUCAGCUAUCAGUAUGCAUCACCGAGCAGCAGCGAGGCAUAUGAUGCUGAUGCGGGAAGCCAUCAGACUUGGGAAAGUACCGAGUCAUUGGCAUACUCGUACAACAGCAUAUCCAGCUUCACAGAAUUCGACAAUGGGAAAGUGUCAUUGACAAGCGGCCGAGCGGCAGGAGACAAGACUUGCGACUUCGACGCUGCACGGAAGAAUUGGACGUUCAUGGGAACAAAGACCCUCGCCCAAACUGACUCGGCAAACCUCGUCACAACCGAGCCCGAAACAAAGACUGGCAAGCGUCGCCGAGUAUUGAAGAAGAUAAAGGACAAAUUCGUUUCUGGCAUUGUGCAUCGCAAAAAGACGGCCAGCAAGGAGGACAAUACCGUCGACAUUGGUGAUUUGAACAUUGAGAACUCCUUACCGUUCACUCCACCCCAUCAAGUCCGUCGGUCAGAAGCGCAGAUGAAGACUCCAAGUCCGGUCAAAGAACAGCUGGCUCUCGAAACUGAUCAAGAUCUUCGGAAUGAGGAGGUAGACAAAGAGUUCUUCACGCCACCACGCAUGACAAAGAUUUCGACCCGGAGAGAAAGCACUGAGAGUGAGGAGUCCGAUAUUUUCGGAUGA